UUCAUUACUUCAUUCCCAUUCAGUUGGUAGAAAUUAUUUGAGCAGAUAGCCUGUCGCGUGCCGUAGUCGUUAAUUAACGACAAGUGCGUUAAGUUUACAAUGUCUUCAAGACCAGGAAACUUUAAAAACCCUUUUUCUAGACCAUGGAUGACGGAAACUGGUGCAGCGGCCGCGGCAGGUGGCCCAGGGUCUAUCGGUUUGAAAGGAGUGGUUGCCGGCGGCAUAACUGGUGGCAUUGAAAUUUGUAUAACAUUUCCAACCGAAUACGUAAAAACACAGCUUCAAUUAGACGAAAAAGGCGGCACAAAAAAGUAUUCGGGAAUCUUCGACUGCGUGAGAAAAACCGUCAAAGGACAUGGCUUCUUGGGGUUGUACAGAGGUCUUAGCGUAUUGCUAUACGGCUCAAUACCAAAAUCUGCUGUUAGAUUUGGUGUAUUCGAGCAAGCAAAACUAUACAUGGUAACAGAGAACGGAACAUUAACGACCACCGGUAAACUCGCCUGUGGGUUGGCGGCGGGGGUGGCUGAAGCAGUGUUCGCUGUGACGCCCAUGGAAACCGUGAAGGUCAAGUUUAUUAACGACAUGCGUAUGGAGAAGCCGCGGUUUAGGGGGUUCUUCCAUGGAGUCCGGACCAUUGUUAGGGAAGAAGGUAUCGGUGGAGUGUACAAAGGCGUAACCGCAACCAUCAUGAAGCAAGGCAGCAACCAAGCGAUCAGGUUCUUCGUGAUGGAGUCACUUCGGGACUGGUACAAAGGCGGCGACAGGGAUAAACCGGUGCCGAAGUACAUCGUUGGAUUAUUCGGUGGCGUUGCUGGUGCGGCCUCAGUAUUCGGCAACACACCGAUAGACGUAGUCAAAACCCGUAUGCAAGGUUUGGAAGCCGCCAAAUACAAGAGCACAUGGGACUGUUUCUUCAAGACCUGGAAACACGAAGGACCCCUGGCCUUCUACAAAGGUACCGUACCACGCCUCAGCAGAGUAGUCUUCGACGUUGCUAUUACCUUCACUAUAUACGAUAGUAUUAUGGACAUGUUUAACUACGUUUGGAAGUAAAAGUGUUGCCACGCUUUGUAUCAAAAUGUACCAUAGUGGUAGAAAAUUUCUCAUAAUUAAAUGUUUAUUACGCCGUAUACUCACCGCUUAUGCUGUAACACUUUUAACGUGUAAAAAUUUCAGUUGCUACUCGGUCGCCAUCUGUCAUUUUAUACAAAAAACUGUCAUGUCGACAGCGAAAUUGACAGAAAAUGACAGCUUAUUUUUUUAAA